AUGGUAGACUCUAGCUCGGAUGAAGAACCAGGUAACUUAGCUUCGCCAGGUACCCCCGAACCUUCGGCUGAACCACCAAACAUUCCUUCACAACCAAACCAACCUUCUCCCUAUGAAUCUGAUGUUCAUACAAACCCUCCUACGACGUACUCUAGGGCAUCCGCAGAUAGUGUUCACAGGGAACUCUAUCCACAAGAAAUGGUAGCCUCUCCAGGGAACCGGUUUGGUGCGGAUGAUGUUACUUGCGGGAAGAUUCGAAGUCUUGGAGUUCAAUCAAAGGCACACUGCUGUGCUACAUUGGUGGCGAAUAGCGACCAUUCGAAUCCUCAACCUGCGGCCAAUGUUAAUUAUCAGGGACCACGUCCUCUUUUUCGCCACUUGGGUAUUACCACACGACCACCACGAUCCUUUCGAGCCACGUUUGGUUUGGAGGAGCAUAGUCCAGAUGCACGGAAUUUUGUUGCUAUGGCUGGGGAAGGGCGUGACCCGAUUCUUCAUAGUCCUACUCUCACUCGGAAUGCUCUACCUAAUAAUGGGACUCUUGAAGCUUUGGUAGCACAAGGCUGGACUUGGAAUCCACCACCAGAACCACAUGUUCCUGGGCCAAGUACUUGGCUCAAUCUACGGCCACCACCUUCGGUUGGCCAUGAUGCUGCGCUAGGUGGUCGGAAACGACAUAUUCGCAGUUAUUCUAUUGAUGGGAUUGAUGAAAUACUUGGUGAUUCUAGUUCAGUGAGCAAAAGUAGCAAACGACAACAGUUUGAACAAUGGGAAACUAAAGGUGGUCUUAAUGUUGCUUCUCCACUUGCAUCAACUGGGUUUCGGCCUAAAGCAUUAACUGACGUGUCUAUGGCAUGUUCAAUGGGGGUUGAACCUGGAGAAGAAGUAACCUCACAAGUUUCCAAGAAACGAAGCGCCGUCAUUUCACCACCAAUUCCAGCGGGAAAAAAUGGAUUUUCAAGCGCAUUAAAGGAAAUGGAAACGAAGUCUACAGUUACUCAUGUACAAAGUUUACUUAGUAGUACUAGGCCAAAUAGUGUGGUUGGUGUUGAUGCUAUAGGUUCUAGUGGAGGAGUGGUUGUUUUUUGUUGGGCUCCUUACGACGUGACUGUACUUAGUUCUAUGUGUAAUUAUGUUUUUUGUAAAAUCUCUGGUAAUAAUGGAAUGAUAUGGUACGUUUUGUUCUUGUAUGGGGAACCGAGUUAUCAACUUCGACCAAUGCUGUGGGCUCACCUUCUCCACUUACUAUCUCCCUAUCCAGAGUUUCUUAUUAUUGGUGAUAUUAACCAAUUGGAGCAUUAUGAGGACAAAUUAGGGGGUGAUGUUACUAUUAAGGGAUGGGAGGAGUUCACUAAUUGGAAACAUGAUUUGGAAUUACAAGAUAUUCCUUUCGUGGGGCCUCGGUUUACUUGGACAAACAAUCGAGACGGAUCAGAUUUGAUUCUCGAACGUCUUGAUCGGACAUAUGUGUCACCAGCAUGGUUGGACAAAUAUCCACUUAGUUACGUCAAAAAUUUUCCGAUCCUACAUUCUGAUCAUUCAGCCAUAUUUUACCAGACAGUACCUCUACACACUCCUCGUCGUCGGCCCUAUCAGUUCGAAAAUUGGUUUCUCACUCACUCUGACAUUCCCCGUAUCAUUACGUCUGUUUGGCAAAACCCCAUUGCAGGCUCUCCUAUGUACUGUUUUACCAAACAUCUUUCCUUAUUACGACAAAAAAUUAAACGAUGGUGUUUGGAUCAUAAGAUUGUUUGGGGUAUUGAUUGGAAGGACAUUACUGACCAGUUAGCCACUUCUGCCGUUCCUAUUGAUAAUAUUCAGCAAGGAAAUGCUUUCAUGUGCCAAAGACAAGAGGUAUUGAAUAGGGCUACUUUGGCUCAUACUUACUGGUCACAACGCUCUAAGGAUAAAUUUAUUCAGGAUGGCGAACUUUCUACAAAGUUCUUUUUUAACAAGCUAAAGCAGAAACAACGUUCUGCAUAUAUUUAUCUCCUCAAAACUGCGGAGGAUGAAUGGACAGACGAUAGUGAUGUUAUUUCUUCUGCAAUCUUAAAACACUUCAAAACUGCCUACACGCCUUCCACUUCUACGAACCCUGAUCCCGUGUAUGAGGAAAAUAUUGGGUUACUGCUUCGAGAUCUAAAUCUUCCACACCUAUCUGCUAUCCAGCAACAACAACUCCUUCUUCCUUUUUCAGAAUCAGAAGUUCAUGAUGCAAUGUUUGGCAUUGGGAAUGCUAAAUCCUCAGGGUUAGACGGUUCUACGGCAGAAUUUUUUAAAACUCACUGGGACCUCCUAGGAGAACAUGUCUUCCAGGCAGUUAUUCGCUUCCUUCAUACCGGAUUCGUUUUGCGGGAAUGGAACCAAUCACUUAUUGUCUUGUUACCUAAAGGUCCUAAUCCUGAAGAGGUUAAGCAAUUUCGAACUAUUAGCUUAUGUAAUACAAUUUACAAAUGUGCAUCAAAAUGUUUGGUCAAUCGGUUGAGGCCACUGUUACAAGACCUGAUCAGUGAAUAUCAAAGCGCUUUUAUCCCGGGACGCCAUAUGGAUGAUAACAUUUUGAUUAGUCAUGAACUCACUCAUGUCAUCAAUAAACACCGACGUGGCAAUGUUCAUGUUGCCGCCAUCAAAAUUGACAUGACUAAGGCAUAUGAUCGGGUUAAUUGGGUGUUCCUCUUACAAGUACUCCGAGCAUAUGGAUUUCCUGAACAUUGGAUACAAUUGAUUCACCAAUGUAUCGCUACUGUUACAUAUCGGAUUCUGGUAAAUGGCCAGGUUUCGGAGGCUUUCACUCCCCAAUACGGGUUACGGCAGGGGGAUCCCAUCUCCCCGUAUUUGUUUUUGUUCUGUAUGGAUAUUUUGUCUCGUAUGAUAACACUAGCUACGGAAAUGCGCCACUUUGACGGGAUCAAAGCACACAAGUAUGCACCUCCUAUAUCACAUCUUUUUUUCGCUGAUGAUGCUGUUCUUUUCUUCAAGGUUUCUCCUACUUCUUGUACGAAAGUUUCAAAACUUCUGGAUCGUUUCUGCAUGAUAUCGGGUCAAAUGUUAAGCCUUACCAAAUCCUACGUCAAAUUUAGCCCUAACAUACCGCACACUCUAAUUACUGAGUAUAAAAGUAUUCUCAAAUUGGAGGCUAAAAGUUCUAUGGGUACAUAUCUCGGGGCACCAGUAGACAUUCAGGGGACAAAGACUCAGCAUUUCACUUAUUUAUUGGAUAAAAUCUCAAAACGUAUUACUGAAUGGAGUCACUCCCCCAUAUCCCAAUCUGGCAAGCUUAUCCUUAUCAAUUCUGUUCUCAUUGCUUCCCUGGCUCACAUACUCUCUGUAUUCUUGCUUCCUACAACCAUUGCCAACAAGGUAGAUGCCAUGGUUGCUAGAUUUUUCUGGACUAAACCUUCAAGUACGGGAAUUGCAUGGCGACGGAAGGAGAUUUUACAUCUGCCAAAAGGUGUUGGGGGACUUGGACUACGUAGUGUGACGUAUCACAACCGUGCCUUACUUAUAAAAAAAGUCUGGCGUAUUCAUCGAAAUUCGAAACUACUCAUUAGCAAGGUCUUCACGUCCACUCCGCUACAUACCCAUUCGGCUUUUCCUACAUUACAGUCUUCAAAAAGCCAGAGAUCUUGGGGAGCUCGGGGUUUAUACCAAGCUGAGAAGAUCCUUUUUGAUAAUUAUGCUUGGAAAAUAGGCACAAAUUCAACUCUACGCGCGGGUCAGAAUAGAUGGGUUAAUGGUCAAAAACCGAUAUACCAAGAUCAUAUUACCCUGCGAACUGCGACUACUGUGAUUGUUGGGUCCCUAAUCUUACCGCAUCAGCAAGGAUGGAAUAUUCCCCGACUUCAUCGUCUUUUCACUCCAGAGACGACCUCUGCUAUCCGAGGUUUAGAGUUGCCAACCAUUCAGGCUCACUCUGAUAUUCCGUACUGGCCUCACACAGCUUCGGGCAACUAUACAACUAAAUCUGGAUACUAUUUCCUAUCUCGACAAAUUGAAAUCUGUAGCAUGACACCCCCUCUGAAUUCGAAAUUUUUCCGGAUUGUAUGGGGUCUGCGCAUCAUGCCUAAGUGGGAAAUUUUUCUAUGGAAACUUUGGCACAAUAGUUUAGCAACAGUUGCUAAUCUUUCAGCUCGCGGAAUGUCAGUUUCAACUGCGUGCCCUUAUUGUGCGUUGGAACCUGAGACCUUCCAGCAUCUUUUCAGAAUGUGCCCCCUCGCUACUACAGCCUGGCAGACUAGUCAAUUGGGUAUCAUUUCCAACUUACUCGGCUACGUAUCUUUCAAAGACUGGCUUAUUGCAUGGUUUUUUUAUCUUUAUCGCAUGGAUGGAUAUUCUGGGGACCGUCUUCCUGUGUUUAUAGCUACCUUGUGGACAAUCUGGUAG